CCGCAGAGAUAGGCUGGCAUGAUGGAGCGGAGGUGAGUUGAUAUUGGGGGACAAGUCUGGAAAAUAAGCGCUUGAAUACAACAAAAGUGGGUGGAGUUAAGAUUGCCGUAGGUAGAGGAAAGAUAGUUUCCGUCACACUACUCCAAGCCAUGCGUUAUGAUAACUGUGACCUCCGCUUGUGAAGAGGAUGCUCGAGCAUGAAGCAGCGGCAGACAUGCGGCUGGUCCAUCGGAUCAACACAGGUAUGAAGAUCCAGGCGGGGAGCGAGCACAUGGGGUGCGGCGGAGUCGGAGAAGGUCAGGAGAGCCAGGUCAUCUGUCUCCAAUGUCAGGACGAGGGUGUGAGGGUCUGUCCGGGAAGUCCGCGCAGUCCUCGCCGCGCUAUCGCGACGCGUCUCUCCUCCGGAUCCGCAGACCGUGAGCCCAGCAGUGGCAGCUACAAUGUCUCUUCAGGAACCUUCUACAGCUGCGUCAGUCAGAUCACCAUCGGGUUUGACCUGGGGGGUCAAGUUGCCAUUGGUUUCUCCCACUGGAAGAGUCCUUUCCCUGGGAGCAGCCAGAACCUUCCGAGUCCAGACUGCGUUCACUCUGAGGCCUCUGCAGUCCCGCCCAGCAGCGAGCACCUGGAGCCAGUGUCCUGCCCGGCGUCGCUGUCCAUCAGCCCGCUGCCCACCUUCAGUGCAAGCCAGGAAACGCUCUGUGACAGCAGCACAAGUGUGAGUUUAUCUCUACAUGGGUUUGAGCCCCACCAGCAGAGCCCCCACCAACGCAGAGUCCCGCUGCAGCCCUCCGCCUCAGGCUUCAAGGCAGCGGAGAGAACCCUCGCCUUCUCCUCCUGCGGGAAGGAGGCAGACAUCAUCAUGGAGGAAUCCUCGGCUGAAGCCCCGGACUCCAGCACUCAAGACGAUGUGCCUCCCCUUGAUGUGAAGGAUGUUAAUGUGCUGCUUGAGAGGGUGAGGUCUGGCGACACCAGCAGCCCGUCCCGGGAUGACGACUCCACCUUGCUGAACCCGGGGACCCCCAGCAGCAUCCUCGACGAAAACUCAAAGUCUAAUUCUGGGCUCCCAGAGGCGAGGAGUAAAUCCAGCGGCCUUUGUUUCAGCGAUGGAAAAAGCAGUAUCGACUACAUCCUGGUCUACAGGAAGUCCAGCUCCCUGUCAGAGAAGAGGGAGGUGUUUGAGCGGAACAUCCGUGCAGAGGGCUUACAAAUGGAAAAGGAGGCCUCUAUAACAAACAGUGAUGUGAUUUUUCUGAAGCUUCAUGCUCCAUGGGAUGUUCUUUGUCGCUAUGCAGAGCUCAUGAACAUUCGCAUGCCUUUCAGGAGGAAAAUAUUUUAUAUGAACCGACGGCACAAGUUCAUGAGCAGGAUGGAAAAACGUAUCAACAAAUUUCGUGGCUGGCUUCCCCGCAAACCCAUGAAGUUUGACAGCGACACUCUGCCUGACCUGGAGGAGAACGAGAGCUUUACCGCCCCCUUCAGUCGAUCACGAAUUCAUCAUUUCAUCAUCCACAACAAAGACACAUUCUUCAACAACGCCACCAGGAGCCGCAUCGUCCACCACAUCCUCCAGCGGGUCAAAUAUGAGGAGGGUAAAAAUAAGAUGGGGCUUAAUCGUCUUUUGAGCAAUAACUCGUAUGAAGCAGCUUUUCCUCUUCAUGAGGGGAGGUACCACAGCAAGAACUCCAUCAGAACACACGGAGCAGAAAACCAACGACACCUGCUGUACGAGUGCUGGGCCUGGUGGGGGGUAUGGUACAAAUAUCAACCCCUGGACCUCAUCAGGUACCUUCAGAGGUAUUUUGGGGAGAAGAUCGGUCUGUACUUCGCCUGGCUCGGCUGGUACACGGGGAUGCUGUUUCCUGCGGCUUUGGUCGGCCUCUUGGUAUUCCUGUACGGUUUCUUCACUCUGGAGCACUGCCAGGUCAGUAAAGAAAUCUGCCAGGCCACUGACAUCAUCAUGUGCCCUAUCUGCGACCAGUACUGCCCCUACCUGAAGCUGUCGGACAGCUGCAUCUACGCCAAGGUCACACAUCUCUUUGACAACGGAGCAACUGUUUUCUUUGCUGUGUUCAUGGCUGUUUGGGCAACCGUCUUCCUGGAGUUCUGGAAGAGACGCAGAGCCGUCCUCGCAUACGACUGGGACCUUAUCGACUGGGAGGAAGAGGAGGAGGAAAUUCGACCCCAAUUUGAGGCAAAAUACUCCAAGAAGGAGAGGAUGAAUCCCAUCUCUGGGAAGCCGGAGCCUCACCAAGACUUCACCGACAAAUACAGCCGUCUCAUCGUCUCAGCGUCUGGGAUCUUCUUCAUGAUCCUGAUUGUGAUUGCCGCUGUGUUUGGCAUCGUCAUCUACCGCGUGAUCACCGUCAGCACCUUUGCGGCCUUCGGCUGGGCUCUGAUCAGGAACAACUCUCAGGUGGCGACCACGGGAACAGCAGUCUGCAUCAACUUCUGCAUCAUCAUGCUCCUCAACGUGCUCUAUGAAAAGGUUGCUCUUCUUCUCACUAAUUUAGAACAACCCAGGACGGAGUCGGAGUGGGAGAACAGCUUUACACUCAAGAUGUUCCUGUUUCAGUUUGUCAACCUCAACAGCUCAACUUUCUACAUUGCCUUCUUUUUGGGAAGAUUUACAGGCCGGCCUGGUGCAUAUCUACGCCUCAUCAAUCGCUGGAAACUGGAAGAAUGUCACCCCAGUGGUUGUCUUAUUGACCUCUGUAUGCAGAUGGGGAUCAUUAUGGUGCUUAAACAAACCUGGAACAACUUCAUGGAGCUCGGCUACCCGCUGAUCCAGAACUGGUGGACCCGGCGGAGGCUGAGGAGGGAGCACGGAGAGACUGCCAAGGCCAGCUUCCCUCAGUGGGAGAGAGACUACAACCUACAGCCAAUGAAUGCCUACGGACUCUUUGAUGAAUACUUAGAAAUGAGUAUGUUGGUUUUACAGUUUGGCUUCACCACCAUCUUUGUGGCAGCUUUCCCUCUGGCUCCUCUCUUAGCGCUGCUCAACAACAUCAUCGAGAUCCGCCUGGACGCCUACAAGUUUGUCACACAGUGGAGACGACCUCUGCCUUCGCAAGCCAAAGACAUCGGGAUCUGGUACGGUAUCCUGGAGGGAAUCGGCAUCUUGUCCGUCAUCACCAAUGCCUUCGUCAUCGCUGUUACCUCAGACUUCAUCCCUCGCCUCGUUUACGCCUACAAGUACGGACCGUGUGCUGGCCAGGGCCGAGCAGGAGAGGGCUGCAUGAUGGGAUACGUUAACGCCAGUCUCUCGGUGUUUCGAGUGUCCGACUUCGAGAAGAGAUCUGAGCCGCAGAUGUCUGGCUCUGAGCUCAAUGGAGAAGCGGUCAACUAUUGCAGGUAUCGUGACUACAGGGAGCCUCCAGACUCUGCUGAGCCGUACUCGUACACUCUACAGUUCUGGCACGUACUGGCAGCCCGUCUGGCUUUCAUUAUUGUGUUUGAGCAUAUGGUCUUUGCUAUCAAAACCCUGAUCGCGUACCUGAUCCCCGACCUCCCCAAGGACCUGCGGGACAGGAUGCGCAGAGAGAAAUAUCUGAUCCAGGAGAUGAUGUAUGAGGCCGAGCUGGAGAGACUGCAGAAGGAGAAAAAUGAGAAAAAGAGGAAAGACAGGACCCAUCACAAGGAGUGGCCCUGAACGCAGUGACAGGUUUUCAGCUGGUGUUUGGUGUUCACUGCACCGUGGAGGACGGAGAAGAGUGCUGGGUUUCCUGCAUGAUACUGGAGCCUCUCACCAUGUCAGACCAGCACCACCUGGUGGACUAUUGAUGAACUGCACCCUUCAUGGGCUUGGUGGUUACCUCUGAGUCCCUUUCCUCUGAACACACACGAGAUGUUCUCUUGAACAUUUGGCAGUGGGUUUUGCUACUUUAGUUUUUCAGAUGGUUUCUACCACUUUGGACUUAACAGUGUAUGUCUUCAGAUCCUGAAUGUAGACUUCAAACCAGACUCAACGUUUAACGAAUUCUUGUCUUAAAUGAGGGGCACACUCUCCAAAGCUUACUGAAUGACAAACCCUGUUUACAUUUCUCCUUUCUUAAGGAGUCGACAUUUUGCUUUACUGUAAAUACAGAUGUUUAAGGAUAUCCGCUUUGCUAAAGUCUAGUGCAAUAACUAAUAGAGAAUGUCAUCUCAGAAAUCGCAGUGGGAUUCUGGCUGGUGAAAGCUGGACUGUAAUUCUUGAUUGUUUUGAUGAAACCUGGACAGUAUUGCUUGAUAGAUGGCUGGUAAUUAAACUGCAUUGAGUUGGAAAUCGCAGCAAAGGGAUAGAGCGUUCAAAUGAAAGUGUGAAUGACGCAGCUGUUGUCCAGCGGGGAGAGAAACUGAGAUGAACAUAUAUGGGUUUUCUUGCUCAGCGAGCUCACAAAUAAAAGUAACUUAGAGAUCUAUUCAGUCCAAGCUGUGACUGUGUUCACACUGGGUUUGAAUUGGAAAUGCUUCCAUUUUGAAUUAAGACAGUAAUAAACAUAUUUAUUGUAAAGAAGUCUGA